CCCCCUGGGCAGGUAUGUAAGAAGCCCCCAGUGACAAUGAGGGACCCCCCCCAGAGCCUGCCCGCUCCACCCACUCACAUCCCCUCAAGGUAGAAAAGCAGCCAGAGAAGCCUGAGCUUCAGGGACUGUAGAAGCGGGAGCCAGGCAGCGAUUUCCCUCAAUUUGCUCCUCUGCCCAGCCAUGGGGACUUUCAAUCUGUGGACAGAUUAUCUGGGCCUAGCAAGCCUGGUUGGGGCUCUGCAUGAGGAAGAAGAGCCUGAUGUCAGGCUGGAGCCCAAGCCAGAGCCCAAGCCAAGCCCAGAAAGCCAGAAGGCCAGCAAGGAAUCCUCAGCAGCUCCUGAACGCCUGUGCUCCUUCUGCAAGCACAAUGGCGAGUCCCGUGCCAUCUACCAAUCCCACGUCCUGAAGGAUGAGGCCGGCCGGGUGCUGUGUCCCAUCUUGAGGGAUUAUGUGUGUCCCCAGUGUGGGGCCACUCAGGAGCAUGCCCACACUCGACGCUUCUGCCCACUCACCGGCCAGGGCUACACUUCUGUCUACUGCUACACCACUCGGAAUUCUGCAGGCAAAAAGCUGACCCGGCCUGACAAGGCAAAGUCACAGGAUGCUGGCCACCGCCCUGGAGGAGAAACAGCAGCAGGUGUCUAUGCAGGUUCCAAAAGUGGCAGGAAGCCCUCUGGACCUUCACCCUCGGCCUGAAGUCCCUCCACUACGGCCUAG